AUGGCUUCGUUUUUAACAAGCCUCGGACGAUUGGCUUUCUUCGUUCUGAUAACUACACAGAGCAUCUUUCUGUCUGCCUAUCUCGCUAAGUAUGAAGGCAAAUCCAAUUGGUAUUUCAUGGCCUUUUCCUUUGGCCCAGCAGUUUUUGCUUGGAUUCAUCGUCUACGGUUAAAAUCGCUGUGCCUUCGUUGGCUCUUUCGAAUUUGGGGUCUGUAUAUUUUGGCUUUUGUUGCAAACAUCGCAAUGGUAUUAGUAAUGAUCGGGGAUAGAGUCAGCAAGACUGAGUUUUUAAGUCCAAAUGUAUUGAGGGCAAUUCUGUGCAUUACACCACUUCUGCUACUACUGUUGCUAAACACAGGCGAUCUCGAUGAUUCAGCCGAAGGUAAGAAAGCAAGGGAGAUUGUUUCCAAGCUAUGUUUUCCCAUGGCCGUCGAUCUGUUCGAUGGAGUCGAGAUGAUAGAUAUCGUGUUAGAGGCGAGGGAGCAUAACUUUGGAAUACCUAAAGCAUUCAGUGCAGCAAUGAUCGCGUCGGCUAGCUCAAGUUUCAUCAUGUUGGUAAUUCCCUGGCAAAUGGUAGAGACUAAACUUACCGAAAAGGGGUCGAAAACUCGUUUCCGUACUGCAAUAGUCCACAACAUUGUUCAAAUGGUUUGCGUAAAUGUACCAUUCUUGGUUAUUCGUUCGGUGGUGUUCAUGUUUGGCAAAGACGAGUCCAUCUUCAUUGCCAAGAAUUGCAUAGGAAUAGUACUUUCCCUAAUGGAAAUUCGUGAUCUACGCCAUUCACGUCGGGUUGGACAUGGAGACUAUGGAGACCAAAGAGACCAAGGAGACCAAAGAGACCAAGGAGACCAAGGAGAUCAAGGAGACCAAGGAGACCAAGUAGUUUAGAAUAAGUACAUUUUGUAGCUCCCCAAUCUCACGUCAAGAUCUCAAAAUGCACUUAAAUUUUUGUAUUAGUAUUUGCAAGCAACAAAUUCCCAUUUUAAUUAGACUCCUGUAACCUGAUGUGAGUAGGCUACUUUUUGUUUCCUCUAUAGUUUUUUUUUUCGGUUCUGCAAACUUUACAUAGAGCUUACAAUUAAUUUCUCAUGUGUCUCAAAUGUAUCUUAUAUAGAUCAGUUUAUUGUGCUGUAUCCAGUCGUAUAUAUGUGAUAGAAAGGAUUUUUGAACUCCAGGGCUUGUGAAUUGCGCUGAAAUGACAAUUAAUUUUUGUAUCAUAUGUACCUAGAUGACGGCCUUAAUUCUUUUUCCUGUCUUGAAUAAUGGAACUACAUUCUAUAUGUAUCAGCCACGACUAGAAAAGUGAAUUAAACAUGUAAAUAAAUUCACAUUUACGCAAAGAAGUCCUGUCAGGUUCACUCUUUUCAAGAGAACUUGAAGUCUUGUGUCAGUUGAUGGACAUUAUCAUUAAUCUAUAUCGAAGGAAAACAGAAACUAUCUUUGUCACGAAAAGUUUGAAAAUACAAAAGGAAAAAUGUAGGGAAAAGGAAAAUUGGAGUUUUGAAGAGAAUGUCUAUUAGGGAUCCGGUUGAUUUACAUUUUGUCUCGAGCAAUACCAAAAACAUUUUGUAGGUUUUUAAAACACAAUCACCUAGAGCACCCUACCAAUUAAUUAUAAAAUCAUGUAUUAUUUUGUUUAUUACAUAAACGCAAUAGCCCUUUACUGAAAAGAAAAGCCGACUUCAUUAACGAAUAAAAUAAAGAAAUCGACAAUUCCCCUUCGCACAGUGGGUUAACGCUAAAGGCCCGAAAUGGAAAAAUGCGUUGAAUCAUGAUUACAAAAACAAUAAUGGACGUAACUUUCAGUGCACAAUAUUCCCUUUCAUCGACAUUGUCUUUACCGACAGAAGAAAUCUUUCAGGUAACGGCCAAAUGGGCCUGUGGCAAAUUUUCCAGUCGCCGAUUUUCGCUCUCAGCCGCGCGAAAUGCUGUUACCAAAGCCACUAAAUACAUACAUUUCGGUUUUUCUUUUCGUAUACUGGUUUUCUUUCCCUUCUAAGAAAGUUUGAACGUCACUGUUUGUAAGUGAUACGGAUUUUUCAGUGUUAGCCGCCAUAAUCCCAGAAAAUUCCCACAAACUACCCUGGGUUGAGAAUGGCGAAGGUUUUGCCGUUCAUUCACAUGACGUUUUCAACACGGACAAAGUGUGUAAUUGAUUAAGAAUUCCGAUUUUAAUCGACACAUGCGCAAUGAGGCGCUAGAAUUACCCAGGGUAAUUCUAGCGUCUCAUUGAUCGCAUGACCUAAACGCACGGUUGACUAAAAACGUGAUGGCGCUUCCACAAACUGUGGGCUUCAAGGCUGAAGCAGUCGAUGAAGAAGGAGUUUGGUGCGAGUGCAUUGUUGAAGAAGUAAACGAUGAUUACGUGAUCGUUUCCUUUGACGGCUGGAAUGCGGAGAAGAAUCGCAGCGUCUGUGAUCCAAGAGAGAUCAGGGAUCGAACACUGCCUGAUCGGAAAAGAAAUCGAAGAAACCUUUCUCUUUAGUGAACAAUGUCUUCGCUUUAAGAAGACCGACUUUUACUUUUAAAUACCACCCAAACUUAUGUAAACAAAAAGCUGAAAUUACGGUUCGCUUCAAUUUUAGGCGUGAAUUUGCAUAAUAUUUCAUGGACGAAAUAUUUAUGAAUUUCAAAGACUACAUCUGCUUUAUCUUUAUCCGCUUAGCAAACAAAGCUCUCCAAAUUACAGUCAAAACACCAGACGUAAUUCCAAAUUUACAGAUGAGAACGCUGACCAAUACUUCUCUUUAUAUCAUUGGCUCCGACUCUUUAGUGCAACAUAUUUUGACGAUAUUCUUAUGUGAUCAGUGUUAAAGUUAACAUUUAUGAACCAAAUUACAUGGAAAGGGAAGUCAUCUUGACCGAAUAAGAUUGGUCAAGAGAGAAAAUAUAUUCCAUAGUCGAUCUCAAGUUUUUAUUUCACUUUUUGUCUUCAUCUCUUCUGCCCGCUGUGAGGGGAGAAAAUGAAUAGAUAAACAAAUAUAUGAAAAAAGAAAGCUCAACAGUGUCCACUUAUAGUUACAUGGUACAUGAACUGAUUACCGAGGUGGAGUGAAGCCAUAGAGGGCUAGAAAUGCAAUAUCCUAGGUUCAAAAAAUGUAUAUCCGAGCUUGCAAAUUGUCUGACCUACGAGUCAGCGGAAUCCCUUGUCCAAGUUUUAAUUUGGUUUAUGACUUGUUAACUCUAAAUCUCUGAUCACACUAGUAUUACGUUAUCACAUUUUUCCAAAAUCUAUUGUACUUAAGAGUCUGAGCCAGUGAUAUAUGAAUGGAGAGAUAUUGGUCAGCGGACUCAUUGUUUUGGCCGCUGUCAUUUGAUACCGAUUGAUCAUCAGUAAAACGGUUUGUAGCCAGUGCUUCUCCACUUACGUCUAGCUAAUAGGAACACGCUGAUUGAUAUCAGUGAGCCCGCAAUGUGACAUGAAUACUGGUCGGAGGAUUUUUCGGUGCAACAGCUGUCACUUUAACAUCUCAAUGAGAAUGUCCGCUAUAACACGAAUGCACUGGCGGAGUUAAACGAUUGCAUUGGAAACUUAUUACAUUUAGGACCAAAUGUAAUUACAUUUAGGACUUUAUUACAUUUAGGACAAUUAUUACAUGAUGCAAUCCGUGGAAGUGAGUGGUAUUCGGGGAAUCCCCGAAUCAUUGCUAUGCAACAUUUUUCUUAGAAAUUCCAUGCGUCACCUUGCAAGGUUUCUCGGAAAUGGCUCAUUUGACAGGUCCAGAUUUUCAGCGAAUUAAAAGUCUCUUUAGUUCAAAAUCUUUAGACUUUUUUUAAAUUGAGAGUUAAAAAAAAAAAAAAAAACGGCGGAGUUAGGCAAAGUGUCAUCCUCAAAAAAUCCGGGCUAAAGAACAAAUCCUUUUCGAUUUUGUCUUCGUUUCGCCCAAAUAUUUACGAUUUUCGUUGAUUUCCCAAAUUCACUCUGUGAGUUGGACUUUUCAUCAUCCCCAAGCCAUUCCGUCCAGUAGCCCCCAAAAAAAAAAAAAAAAAAAAAAAAAAAAAAAAAAAAAAGAAUUAUCAUUCUUUUACACGUUUCAAAAAUUGAAGAAAAGACACGACACUGGUUUUUAUUACAUCCAUUCUGAAAUAACUGCUGAUCCUUGUAAUCUGAUUGGCUCUAAUGGUGCGAUUUAUUCACAAAAAGCACCUUUUUCCUCUAAAUUGCAUCUUUCUCCCACCCAAUGAAAUUGAAAAAGGACUCAGUUUUGCAAAUUUCUGAAGACCAGCUCGCUACUAGAUAAAAAAAGCAUUUCCACAGACUAAAAAGUCCUGUAUCCGAGGAACUGAAUUUUGUCAUUUCAAACUGGAUGUAAUAAAGUGGUGUUUGAAAUUCGUUUCGUGCAAUCAUACUUGUGAUUUCAAAUCAAACUCGUGCUGCACAGUCCUUUAAAUUUAGAAUUACUCAUAUGCGCAUAUGACCUCAGACCUAAUAAUACAUAAAAUAUUGCCAAGAGAAUUCUAUGGAGCCGAAAGGUCAUGAAGGUGCACACAAACAUGUGGAGCUUUCGAAAAUACUUGGCGUUUUGCGGAUUUGCGGGACUCAACAGUCACCAUGCACCCCCCCCCCCUCCCCAAGAAAAUCAUCAGCUAUUGCAGCAUUAGUUGAUUGGGAAUUUUCACAGGCAAAAUUUAGCGGUGAAGACAUAUUUGAUUAAAUGUUCACAACCGUCCAUAACUGUUCCUCUCAUUAGUAUCUAGUGACAAACUUGGCAUUAGCUUAUAGCGCACGGUUAAUACGAAUUCACUCUAUUGGAUGAAUACAUAUAUAGAAAACUACCGUUUAAUAAUGAAAGAAAACUUAGGUAACAGUUCUUCUUCCAACGUCAAUUAAGUUCGUUACAACAACAUUAUCCAGAUCACAGGCACUAUAUUGAUUACUCAAAAUCUAGCUUACUAAUUGUUAAUUGUGCUCAAACUAGCUGUCCAUCUGCGAGUUGUCCACCGUCCGGAACCUCUUAUCUUUAUCCCGAACAGUUGAGACACCAGAAGGCUGAUAAAGACGAAUGCAAGCAUUGCAGAACAAUUGCAGGAAAAUACAGGGCGACCAAUCCAGAGAAACUAAUCUUUGUGUUUGUAUUUUGCAGGAUACAAAGCAAGCGAGUAGGCCUGGAGGCCUGCUAAGACAAAGAAAAGGAAUCUGCCAAUGUAGACUAAGUAUGAGGCCAUGAGAAAGAUAUCCUUUUCGAAAGGUUUUUCUACGAUAUGCGUUUCUUCAAGAAAGUCCAAUAACAAAGUUGAUACUAUAAUAAUUGCAUGGAAAUAAACUUUACGCCGAAUUUAGGAAAGUUUCCUAGAAAGUGUAAUACAAUGAAGUAAUCUCUUCCAAGAAAAGCAGAUGUGAAAAAAAGCCAGAAUCGCAGAUUAAAAAAGAUACAUAUAUGUUAUUUGCCGGCUGGGAGGUCCGUAUGGUGAAAAACUGUGACCGAGGUCUUGAAAAUACUGCCCGAGGCCGUUGGCCGACGGCAACAUUUUCAAGACCGAGGUUGACAGUUUUCCACCAUACGGACCGACCCUUAGCCGGUAAAUAACAUGUUUAUUUUUUUUAAACUUGACGAGAUUCUUUCCGAAAGAACCCGAAUGAUUUAGGGCUGUAAAUACGGCAAGAUCUUCCAUAAACUGAACAAUUUUUGACCGAGUAACUGGUUAAAAUAGGGGUGAUGCAAAUUAAAGAGAGAUGCCUCACCGAAGCAUUUUCAUUUCGGAAACGAUAAAGGUGAUUUAAAAGGCCUCUUAACAAACUUUGAAACAUUAUUUUCACAAGUACCUGUGACAAUCUGACACCUGUCAAUUAGAGAGCGCGUAAGAAGAAAAAAGCGCACCAAGAUUUGAAAAACAACGGAACUAGUUUGGCAAGGACUGUCACGACAAUGUUUUCUUCAAAAACAGUCAAUGAUCUAACGGAAAGUAUUAUUCACUCUGAUCGACGACUCGUUCAUGUUCGAAGAUUUACCUCUGUUCAUUAAGGAAACGGCAAGGAAAAUAAUAAAUUCAAAUUUUUUAAUUUGAAGUUGUGAGAGCUUACUCGUUUGUUUGCUGCAGAAAAAGAAUCUGCCGAUGUAGACUAAGUAUGAGGCCAUGAGAAAGAUAUCCUUUUUGAAAAGUUUUUUUUUACGAUAAGCGUUUCUUCGAGAAAGUCCAAUAACAAAGUUGAUACUAUAAUAAUUGCAUCGAAAUAAACUUUACGCCGAAUUCUAGAAAGUUUCCUAGAAAGUGCAAUUUAAUGAAGUAAUCUUAUCCCAGAAAAGCAAGUGUGAACAAAUAGAAAUCAAAAGCCAGAAUCGCUGAUUAAAGAAGCUACAUAGGAAUAUCAAGUCUCCAGCAGCGACCAAAUUAAGUAUGCAAUCAGUCUGUGCAUCUGAGCUUCUGGAACAUUCGGGUAAUUUACUUUUGCAUCAUUUGAUCAGGAUAGAUGUGGCGUUUCCUCAUUCGCUGCUAAAUGUACGGUAUCAUUUCCAAUUGUAGUGAUCAGCACAAUUUGCUUCUUAUUGUUUCAGACAGCUGUUAGACAUAAUUAUGGCUUCGUUUUCAGCAACGCUCGGAAGAUUGGCUCUCUUCGUUCUGAUAACUACACAGAGCAUUUUUCUAUCUGCUUAUCUUGCGAAGUAUGAAGGCAAAUCCAAUUGGUAUUUCAUGGUUAUUUCCUUUGUCCCAGCGGUUGUUGUUUGGAUAUGGAAAUCUUUUAAAUCGCUGUGCCUUCGUUGGCUCUUUCGAAUUUGGGGUCUGUAUGUUGUGGCUUUGGUUGUAAACAUUGCAAUGGUAGUAGUACUCGUCGGAGAUAGAAUCAGCAAGACCGAGUUUUUGAGUCCAAAUGCAUUGAAGGCGAUUCUGUGCAUUACACCAAUUGUUUUACUACCGUUGCUAAACACAGGCGAUCUCAAUGAUUCACACGGAAAUUAUAAAGAAACAGAGAUUGUUUCCUAUCUGUGUCUUCCCAUGACCGUCGAUCUGUUCGAUGGAGUCGAGAUGAUAGAUAUCGUGUUAGAAGCAAGAGAGUGCCACUUUGAAAUACCCAAAGCAUUCAGUACAGCAAUUAUCGCGUUGGCUUGCUUCGGUUUUAUCAUGUUGGUAUCUCCCUGGCACAUGACAGAAAUUAAAAUCACCCCUGAUGAGGCGAAGAUUCGUUUCCACACCCAAAGGUAUCGCAAUAUUGUUCAAAUAGUUUGCGUAAAUGUACCUUUCUUGGUCUUUCGUACGGUGGUGUUCUCUGUGUUUGGCAAAGACGAGUCCAUCUUCAUUGCCAAGAAUGGCUUAGGAAUAGUACUUUCCAUUAUGGAAAUUCGUAAUCUACGCCAUUCACGUCGUGUUAGACAAGGAGACCAAGGACAGCAAGGAGACCAAGGACACCAAGGAGACCAAGGACAGCAAGGACACCAAGGAAACCAAGAACAGCAAGGAGACUAAGGAGACCAAUAGCGCCAAGGACACCAAGGGGAUCAGGGAGACCAAGUAGACCAAGUUUGUAGCUGUAGCUGUAGUUUGUAGCUCCUCAAUUUUAUGUUAAGAUCUCAAAAUGCACUCUUGUUUUUGUAUUACAUUUUGCAAGCAACAAAUUCCAAUUUUUAAUCAGUCUCUUGUAACCUGAUGUGAGUAGACUGCAUUUUGUUUCGUCUAUGGUUUUUUCGGUUCUGCAGACUGUAUAUAGAGCUUACAAUUAAUAUUUCCAUGUGUUCCAAAUAUAUCUUAUAUAGUUCAGUUUACUGUGUUGUAUCCAGUCGUAUAUAUAUGAUAGAAAAGAUUUUUGAAUCGCAGGGCUUGUGAAUUGCACUGAAAUGGCAAUUAAUUUUUGUAUCAGGUGUACCUAGAUAACUGCCUUAAUUCUUUUUCUUCCUUUGAAUAAUGGAACUAUACUCUACACGUAUCAGCGACGAUUAGGAAAGUGAAUUACACAUGUAAAUAAAUUCACAUUUACGCAAAGAAGUUCUGUGAGGUUCACUCUUUUCCAGAGAAUUGAAGUCUUAUAUCAGUUGAUGGACAAUCUACAUCAAAGGAAAACAUGAAAAACUAUCUUUGUUUUGGAUUUUUCAGUGUUAGCUUCCGUAAUCCCAGAAAAUUCCCACAAACUACCUUGGAUUGAGAAUGGCGAAGGUUUUGCCGUUCAUUCAUCCAACCUGACCGAGUGGUGCGCAAGGCGAGUGACGUGUCAGCUGCUGAUUAGCGAUAACAAAUACACGUGGUAUAAAAUAUGAUAUUUUUUCACGUGUUUUGUUAAAUAAUUUCUCGGGGCAGGAAAUCCUUUUAUAACACCGUAGUUUGUAUUAAUUUUUUUACAAAAGAAAAAAAAUUGGGGAAAAGGAAAACUGGAGUUUUGAAGAGAAUGCUCAUUAGGGAUCCGGUUGAUUUACAUUUUGUUUCCAGCAAUAUCAAAUAAAAUUUUUCAGGUUUUAAAAACACUUAAAGACUUAGAGCACCCCAUCAAUUAUUUAUAAAAUCAUGUAUAAUUAUGUUUAUCAUAUAAACACAAUAGCCCUUUACUGACGAGAAAAGCCGAAAUAAAGGAAUGGACUAUUGCCCAAUAAAAAUUGCACAGUGGGUUGGCGCUAAGGAAAAAUUCGUUGAAUCAUGAUAACAAAAACAAUCAAAACAAAAACAAAAUUCUCAUUCAUCUUAACAACAGAAGUAAUCUUUCAGGUAAACGGCCACAUCGGCCGGUGGCAAAUCUUCCAGUCGCCAAUUUUCGCUCUCAGCCGCGAGAAAUGCUGUUAUUAAAGCCACUUAAUACAUACAUUUCGGUUUUUCUUUUCGAAUACUGGUUUUCUUUCCCUUUCUUUCACUGUCUGUAAGUGAUACGGAUUUUUCCGUGUUAGCCACGGAAAACUAAAAACUAAACUACCUUGGAUUGAGAAUGGCGAAGGUUUUGCCGUUCAUUCAUCUAACCCGACCGAGUGGCGUGAAAGGCGAGUGACGUGUCAGCUGCUGAUUGGCGACAACAAAUACACGUGAAAAAAUAUGUAAUUUUUCACGUGUUUUGUUACAGAAUUUCUCGGGGCAGGAAAUCCUUUUAUAACACCGUAGUUUGUAUGAUAAAUUAAGUUAUCAACCAACCAAUCAAUUUACAACUCCUGUGAGACAGCUGUUUUUUUUUCUGACAGCCUGAAUGCUCACUGCCAAGCCACUUCAGCUGGCUCAUGAUAGAAAACUAGAAACUAAAACUAAAACAGAAAACUAGACAGAAACUAAACUCACCGAAAAGGGGCCGAGAUUCGUUUCCAUACCACAUUGUACCGCAAUAUUGUUCAAAUAGUUUGCAUAAAUGUACCAUUCUUGGUUAUUCGUGCAGUGGUGUUCUUUAUGUUUGGCAAAGAUGAGUUCAUCUUCAGUGCUAAGAAUGGCAUAGCAAUAGUACUUUCUGUUUUGGAAAUUCGUAAUCUAUACAGUUUACGCCGGGUUGGACCGAUACCAAGUAGUUUAGAGAAUAAGUACAUUUUUGUAGCUCCUCGAUUUCAUGUUAAGAUCUCAAAAUGCACUAUUAAUUUUGUCUUACAUUUUGCAAGCAACUAACUCCCAUUGAAAUCAGUCUCCUGUAACCUAUUGUGAGUAGACUAUUUUUUGUUUCCUCUAUAGUUAAAUUUUUUCGGCUCUGCAAAUUGUACAUAGAGUUUACAAUGAAUUUUUUCAUGUGUCCCAAAUAUAUCUUUUAUAGAACAGUUUAUUGUGUUAUCUCCAGUCGUAUGUAUGUGAUAGAAAAGAUUUUUGAACUGUACGGUUUGUGAAUUGCGCCGAAAUGGCAGUUAAUUUUUUUAUUAGGUGUAUCUAGAUGAUUAUGACUUAAUUAUUUUUCUUCUCUUGAAUAAUUGAACUGUCUUCUACAUGUAUCAGCCCCGAUUAGGAAAGUGAAUUGAACAUGUGAAUGAAUUCACAUUUAUGCAAACAAGUUGUGUGAGGUUCACUCUUUUCAAGAGAGCCUGAGGUCUUGUAUCAGUUGAUGGACAAUAUCAUUAAUCCAUAUCAAAGAAAAACAUGGAAAACCAUCUUUAUCACGAAAAGUAAGAAAAUACAAAAGAAAACAAAUUAGGGAAAAGGAAAAUUGGAGUUUUGAAAAGAAUGCUUAUUAGGGAUCCGGUUUAUUUACAAUUAGUUUUAAGCAAUAUCAAACACAAUUUUUCAGGUUUAUAAACACUCAAAUGACUUAGAGCACCCCACCAAUUAUUUAUAACAUCAUGUAUUAUUUUGUUUAUCAUAUAAACACAAUAGCCCUUUACUGACGAGAAAAGCCGACUUUAUCAAUGAAUAAAAAUAAAGAAAUCGACAAUUCCCCAAGAAAAAUCGCACAGUGGGUUGGUGACAAGGCUCAAGAUGGAAAAAUGUUUUAAAUCAUAAUUACAAAAACAAUUAUGGACGUAAUUUUUAAUUUGAACAAAUUUAAUUCAUCGACUUCGUCCUUACCGACAAAACAAAUCUUUUAGGUAAACGGCCAAAUCGGCCUGUUGCAAAUCUUUCAGUUGCCGAUCUUCGUUCUCGGCCAAGAGAAAUGUUAUUACCAAAGCCACUGAAUACGUAACUUUUGUUUUUCUUUCGUAUAACGGUUUUCUUUCCAUUCUAGGAAAGUUUGAACGGGAAAAGGAAAAGGAAAAUUGGAAGUUUGAAGAGAAUGCUCCGGUUGAUUUACAUUUUAUUUUAAGCAAUAUCAAACAAGAUAUUUCAGGUUUUUAAAACACUCAAAUGAGUUUGAGCACCCCACCAAUUAUUUAUAAAAUCAUGUAUUAUUUUGUCUAUCAUAUAAAUACAAUAGCCCUUUACUGAAGAGAAAAGCCGACUUUAUUAGUGAAUUAAAAUAAAGAAAUCGACAAGUCCCCAAUAGAAAUCGCACAGUGGGUUGGUGCCAUGGCUCAAGAUGGAAAAAUACGUUGAGUCAUGAUUACAAAAAUAAUUAUGGGCGUAAUUUUCAAUGUACAAAAUUCACAUUCAUCGACUUUGUCCUUACCGACAGAAGAAAUCUUUCUGGUAAAUGGCCCCAACUGCCCAUGGCAAAUCUUCCAGUCGUCGAUUUUCGCUCUCAGCCGCGACAAAUGCUGUUACUUUCGAUUUUUCAUUCCCUUCUCAGAAAGUUUGAACGUCACUGUCUGUAAGUGAUACGGAUAUUUCAGUGUUAGCCGCCAUGAUCCGAGGAAAUUCCCACAAACUACCUUGGAUUGAGAAUCGCGAAGGUUUUGCCGUUCAUUCAUCUGACCUGACCGAGUGGCGCAAAAGGCAAGUGACGUGUCAGCAGCUGAUUGGGGAUAUCAAAUACACGUGAAAAAAAUAUGGUAUUUUUUUCACUUGUUUUGUUACGACAUUUCUUGGAGCUGGAAAUCAAACGGUGAAAUGUUAAACAAACUAGAAAAAUACAUAACUGUGCAAAGGAACUUAAAGUUGUCGAAUGUGUGAUCUCGCGUUUGAUUGAACAGUUCAGUCUCUCUGGGCUCCUAGACUCCCUAACUUCUUAGCUCAUCGUUACAACACUGAAAAAUCUCCAAAAUCCAAUGAAUGAUCAAAAUGCCAUUUUUGGCCACGAAAAUUGACGCAUCUCUCUUGAACUUAAAGCACAGAGCCAAUCGAAGGCCUAAAAAAACACAAUAAAUAAGUAAAAACUGAAAGGUGAUACCGAUGAUGGCUGAUUAUUUGUAAAUAGACUUGUCCGAAAUCUUGUUCUCAACUAAUUGAAAAUGCGAAAGCAUAAAACGUAUGCAAACGAAGGUAAUGAUAGCUUCCUCAAAGCGCUUGGGAAUGCCAAGGUCAUUUACCUCCGGAAUAACUUGCAGCAUUUCAGUUCCGUCGAAAAGAUCUAAUGUUAUUUGGAAGACCAGCUUUAAUUAGGGCUCUUUGUCUUCACUUUUCGUUUCAAAUGUGUUAAGCCACAGCAACAAAAGGAGCGGAAUCGUCAAGAGAUCCGGGCCAAAUUAAAGAACAAAUCCUUUUCGCUUCUGUCUUUGAUUCGUGUAAAUAUGACUCCAAUUAUGGCACUAGAGCAAGCCAUACGUACAGAUCCCAAACGGAAGGUACCCAAGUGAUGAGGUUGUCAUUGCACACAACGAUAAACCAGAGAGUCAAGGAUGGGAUGUAGAGAGAAGAAAAGUAUACCAGUUAUUUUGAUUUUCGUAGCGUGUUGGAUAUGAAGCGAAGGAGGCAAGCCAACAAAGAUUGAGACAUUUUAAGACUCAAAUUGCUCUUGUUGUGGUAGACUUAAGAGGAAUGCUCAGACACUGGAAAACUCCGUUCACCCCGUAAUGAGGACUUUAAAUUGAUAAUCAAUCUAAAGAUGCGUCAUUAGAACAAAUUUAUUCUUUUUCUCAGGAAAAAAAAAUUAUCAAAGACUAACGGAUCUCAAGUUUUCCUGGAAAGCCUCCUGACUUUAUGUACCCAAUUAUCCAAGAUGCUACCGUUUCUGUCUCGGCAAACACAGGUAACAAAAUUACUAACUAAUGAGGUCGUUUACAUGCAUAUUAUGCAUCAAUGUAUCUUUGCUCCUAAACACGUAUUUCAAACUUAGAUCGAUACAACUGCAUGUUUCUUAAAGUAAAGCAGAAAUGAGUUUGCCCGCCAAUACAGACAGUUAUUUCUUCUACUUUCUUAUUUAACUUUACCACUACUCAACUAACAUUGUUAGUUGACAAAGAAAGGCAGGUAUCAGGUAACGGACUAAAAGGCACCCAACUUACAGCAAGACAUGCAAAAUAAAGCAGCUACUAACAGUAAAAUGUGGCUUAGAUAACAAUAGAAAAAAUCAUCAGGCGAUAGUCACGAUUUUUGGUAAAAAAUGCACGAUAUAUGACUUGGCUUGUUCUUCGAUUUCGUCCCUUAGUGUUUCGUUUCAUUUCCCAAAUUCCCUUUGUGAGUUGCACCUUUCACCUUUCACCUUCUUUCACCUUCCUCGAGCCAUCCCGUCUAUUCUUUAAAUUGCUUUAAAAAGUUCCUAGUCUAGGUGCCAUUCUUCUUCUGUCCCCACCUUCCAAUCGAUAUGUUUACUUAAUUAAAUUAAUUAAUUACUUACUACUGAAUUUUAGUUGUGGAGUAAUUAGGAAAUCAUCCCUCGUGUUGCCACCCAAAGUAAUUAUGAUUUAUUUACAAAAAGCACCCUUUUUUCUCUAAAUUGCAUCUUUCUCCCACCCGAUGAAAUUGAAAAACGGCUUUUGCAGCCUUUUGAAGACCAGCUCACGACUGGAUCAAAAAAGCAUUUUUACAGACUAAAAUGUCCUGUAUCUGAAGGCCUAAAUUUUGCCAUUUCAAAAUGGACGUAAUAAAGUGGUGUCUAAACUCGUGCCUCGUGCCGCACACUUCUUUGAUUUUGAAAUCACUCAUAUGCGCAUAUGAUUUCAGACCUAAUAACACAUGUAAUAAUGUCAAGAAAAUUAAGUGGAGCGGAGAGGUUAUGAAGGUGCUUACAUUCGUGUGGAGCUUUUGAAUAUACUCGCCUUUUUCCGAUUUGUGUGACUUUACAGUCACCGUGCACCACCCGACGAAAAUCAUUAGCUAUUGCAGCAUUGCUUGAUUGGGAAUUUUCACGGGCAAAUUUAGCGGUGAAGAUGUAUUUGAUUAGAUGUUCACAACCGUCCAUAACUGUUCCUUUCCUUAGCAUCUAGUGACAAACUCAGCAUUAGCUUAUAACGAACGGGUUAUGCAGAUUCACUCUAAUGGAUGAGUACAUAUGUAGAAAACUUCUAUAAAAAAACAAAAGAAAACUUAGGUAACACUUCCUCUUCCAUUAAAAGACGAACAUCAAUUAAAUUAAAUUAUCCCGAUCACAGGCACCAUACUGAUUACUCAAAAUCUACCUUACUAAUCGCCAUGGCUCUAUUUAUUCUCUUCGAUAAUGACCAGCUUUUCCACUCCAUCGAAGAGAUCCAACGUCAUUCGGAGAGACAACUGCCGGAUCAGGUCUCGGUAGACGAUGCAAUCCCUUCCCGUACUUGAAAGCAACGAAAUAAUCACCAGGGAACGGCAAAGUGUCGUCUUUAGAAUGUUUGGACCGAAGAAUUUAGCUUUGUCAAAGUUAUCUUUAAUCGGUUCGUCUCCUCCAAAUAUGAUCUCAACGAAGAUUACGAAACCAACGAUAUAGCACGUCCAAACAGCUAAUAACAAUUGUAAUUUCUUGUAGUCGAACAUGAUGUAAAGCCUUAGAACAAUUGCAGAAGCGUACAGGGCGACCAAUCCAUAGAAACCAUCUUUUUGUUUGUAUUUUGCAAGAUACAAAGCCAGCGAGUAGGCCUGGAGGCCUGCUAAGACGAAGAAAAGGAAUCUACCAAUGUAGACUAAGCAGGAGGCCAUGAGAAAGAUAUCCUUUUUGAAAGGUUUUUCUACGAUAAGCGUUUCUUCAAGAAAGUCCAAUAACAAAGUUGAUGCUAAAAUAAUUGCAUCGAAAUAAACUAUACGCCGAUUUCAAGAAAGUUUUCUUGAAAGUGCAAUACAGUGGAGUAAUCUAUUCCGAGAAAAGCAGAUGUGAACAAAUACAAAUAAAAAGCCAGAAUCGCUGAUUAAGGAAGCUACAUAGGAAUAUCAAGUCUUCAGCAGCGACCAAAUUACGUAUGCAAUCAGUCUGUGCAUUUAAACUUCUGGAAUAUUCGGGUAAUUCAUUCUUGCAUCAUUUGAUCAGGAUAGAUGAGGCGUUUCCUCAUUCACUGCGAAGUUUUUCUUACAAAUGUACAGUAUCAAUUACUAUUGCAGUAGUCAACACAAUUUGCUUCUUCUAGUUUCAAACAGCUGUCAGACAUAAUAUGGCUUCGUUUUCAACAUUUCUCAGAAGAGUGGCUUUCUUAGGUCUGAUAACUAUACAGAGCAUACUUCUAUCUGUUUAUCUCGCGAAGUAUGAGGGCAAAUAUAGUUGGUAUUUCAUAGCCUUUUCCUUUGGCUCAGCAGUUGUUGCUUGGAUUGUGUGUCUAUAUUUCAAAUCGCUGUACCUUGGUUGGCUGUUUCGAAUUUGGGGUCUGUAUAUCGUGGCUUUGGUUGUAAACAUCAUCAUGGUAGUAAUAAUGCUCGGAGAUAGAAUCAGCAAGACCGAGUUUUUGAGUCCAAACGUAUAUAAGGCGAUUCUGUGCAUUACACCACUUCUGCUACUACUGUUGCCAAACACAGGCGAUCUCGACGAUUCUCACGAAAAUCAUAAAGAAACAGAGAUUGUUUUCCCAUUUGUGGUUACCCAUGACCAUCGAUCUGUUCGAUAGAGUCGAGAUGAUACAUAUCGUGUUAGAAGGAAGAGAGUACGACCUCGGAAUACCCAAAGCAUUCAGUACGGCAAUGUUCGCGUUGGCUUGCUUCUGUUUUAUCAUGUUGGUAUCUCCCUGGCAAAUGGUAGAAACUAGAUUAACCAAAGAUUGGUGGAAACCUCGUUUCCGUACCAAAUUGUAUCGCAAUGUUGUUCAAAUAGUUUGCGUAAAUGUACCUUUCUUGGUUAUUCGUGCGGUGGUGUUCUCUAUGUUUGGCAAAGACGAGUCCAUCUUCAUUGCCAAGAAUGGCAUAGGAAUAGUCCCUUUCAUUAUGGAAAUCCAUGAUCUACGCGAUUUACGUCGGGUUAGACAUGGAAACCAAGGAGACCAAGGUCAGUAAGGAGACCAAGGACAUCAAGGACAGCAAGGAGACCAAGGGGACCGAGGGGACCGAGGGGACCGAGGAGACCAAGUAGUUUGUAGCUGUAGCUGUAGCUGUAGGCUGUAGCUCCUCAAUUUCACGUUAAGUUCUCAAAAUGCACUCCAGCAACAAAUUCCCAUUUUAAUCAGUCUCUUGUAACCUGAUGUGAGUAGACCAAUUUUUGUUUCCUCUAUAGUUUUGUUUUCGGUUCUGAAAACUGUCCAUAUAGCUUACAAUUAAAUUUUCCAUGUUUCCCGAUUAUAUCUUGUAUAGAUCAGUUUAUUGUGUUGUAUCCAGUCGUAUUUGUGUGAUAGAAAGGACCUUUUAACUCUAGGACUUGUGAAUUGCGCUGAAAUGGCAGUUAGUUUUAAUAGCAGGUGACCGUAGAUGACUUUGUCUUAAUCCUUUUUCCUCUCUUGAACUAUGGAACUAUAUUCUACAUGUAUCAGUCACGAUUGGGAAAGUGAAUUGAACAUGUACAUAAAUUUACAUUUACGCGAAGAAGUUCUGUGAGGUUCACUCUAUUCAAGAGAACUUGAAGACGUCUAUCAGUUGAUGGACAAUAUCAUUUAUCUAUAUCAAAGGAAAACAUGAAAAUCUAUCUUUAACCCAAGUAAGAAAAUAUCAAAAGACAAAAGUUAGGGAAAAGGAAAACUGGAGUAUUGAAGAGGAUGCUCAUUAGGAUCCGGUUGAUUUACAUUUUGUUUCGAGCAAUAUCAAACAAACAUUUUCAGGUUUUUAAACACCUAAAUGUCUUAAAGCACCCCAACCCAUUAUUUAUAAAAUCUUGUAUUAUUUUGUUUAUCAUAUAAACACAAUAGCCCUUAACUGACAAGAAUAGUCGACUUUAUUAAUGAAUAAAAAUAAAGAAAUCGUCAAUUUCCCUUAAAAAAACGCACAGUGGGAUGGCGCUAGAGGCUCAAGAUGUAUAACACCGUAGUUUGUAUGAAUUUUGUACAAAAGAAAAAAAAUGGGGGAAAAGGAAAACUGGAGUUUUGAAGAGAAUGCUCAUCUGGGAUCCGGUUGAUUUACAUUUUGCUUCGAGCAAUAUCAAACAAAAACUUUCAGGUUUUUAAAACACUUAAAUGACUUAGAGCACCCCACCAAUUAUUUAUAAAAUCAUGUAUUAUUUUGUUUAUCAUAUAAACACAAUAGCCCUAUACUGACAAGAAAAGCCGACUUUAUUCAUGACUGAAAAUAGAGGAAUGGACAAUUCCCCAAUAAAAAUCGCACAGUGGGUUGGCGCUAAGGCUCAGGAUGGAAAUAGUCGUUGAAUCAUGAUUACAAAAACAAUCACGGACGUAAAUUUAAAUUUACAAAAUUCUCAUUCAUCUUUACCAACAGAAGAAAUCUUUCAGGUAAACGGCCACAUCGGCCUGUGGCAAAUCUUCCAGUUGCCGAUUUUCGCUCUCGGCGGCGAGAAAUGCUGUUGUUAAAGCUACUUAAUACUUACAUUUCGGUUUUUUUUUCGUAUACUGGUUUUCUCUCCCUCCUAGGAAAGUUUUAACAUCACUGUCUGUAAGUUAUACGGAUUUUUUAUUUUUAGCUGCCAUAAUCCGAGAAAAUUCCCACAAACUACUUCUCAAGCCAUCCCGUCUACUCUUUUAAUUACUAUAAAAAAUACUUAAUCAAGGCGCCAUUUUUUUGCCCUCACCUCAAAAUCGAUAUGAUAAAUUCUAAUUAAUUUUAGUUGUGGAGUAUUAGCAUAUAGAAAACUAUGCCUCUUGUUGUUACCCAAAGUAAAUAUGAAGCCAGGUACAAACUUAAGUCGGUGUUCCUCUUUUUUUAUGUAAUUGACGACAAAUUGAUUUCUACAACGACAUUGAACAUGUAUGAUUAACCGUUCUACGCUACCGCGCAGAGAAUAUUUAUGCAAUUUCGAUGAAAAGAAUCGGUGGCCUUAAUUUUUAAAUGAACCUUCUCGUCCUGCGGGAGGAGCUCAAAAUCGAAAAAAAAUAUCAUACUCAAAAUGUUUCAAAAACGGGGGGAAACGGAAAGACAAGGUAUUAGUUUUUAUUAUAUCCAUUUUGGAUGCAAUAGUUAGGGAUAGUUAUCAGAUUCGGAUGACCCAGACCAAAACAAAACAGUAACCAAUCGCUGCUCAGAUUCACGUUCAUGUGACAUCUUACCAAGGCAACAAUAAUACAUUCAUCUUGGCGUCCGAAGGCCGAACCACACUGAAGUACUAAACCGAGUGUUUUCCGUCUGAAAAUUGCGAUUGUAGCCAAAAUUGUACAAAUGGAAAGGUACAAUUUCAGACCCAUAUUAGAAUUGAAAAAUAUAAUAGCUUCUUCUCCUCUUUACUAUCGUGUACUGAAAUGAGAGGGUUGCUUUGAAUGAGAGCUUCUCGAAACAAGUAAGAAGUUGGAAGAUCUAUGCUGCCAUGGCCGCAUCCACUCCUUCCUCUUCCAUUUCUGAUUUGGUCAAUGAAAGGCUUCUCUCCACCUCUCCGCGAUGUUCCUCGCUGCAAUGGAAUGCCAAGCCUCAGGAUGUGGAUUAUGAAAGCGCUAAUUGAAACCUAUUCUGGACCAGGAAUACGCAAGUCAAGAGGAAAUGUACAAACAGAAUGGUGACUCAACUAUUGAAUCUAUUACAGCAGAGUGAAGAAACAUACGUCUCUAACAAUAAACAAUAAUACUCAAAUUCAAGGAGUUCAUCAAGGAACACCAACAGAGAAUGAAAACUUUCUAAAGCUACAAAAUGUCCUAGCCCUAGUGCAAGACAAUUUAUAGAGCAAAGACUUCGAGCAAGACUUCGUUGGAUGAAAGAAUCUCAAUGAAGGGCAAAAUUAAAUAACCUAUAUUUCAUUCAAAACAUGAAAGAAAACUUCCAUUGGUAAAUUAUAGCAUGGAGAAAAGUAAGAACAAUUUGUUUCAUAACACUUUUUGCAAUGUUGAAAAUCAUCUAAUCAUCAGAACAUAAGAAUAAUCGCAUAAAACUACCUCAAUCAAGGCCAUUCAAGAAGAUUCAUUAUUUUCAAAUAAAGAAAUACAGUAAAAGUGGGGAAAAAAUUAAAAUUGUGCUUUUGCAGCUAGAAACUAAAUCUUAGACCCAUAACCUGCGGUGAAAUGAAGCAAAAUGUUAACACCCGAUGCCAUGGUCGGAGCAGUUACACAGUUUCAUGUAAGUCAACAACAAUAAUGGAAAUGAUGACCCAGACAUGCAGAAGGAAAUGUUCAAUGAUUGAACAUAAACUUCAUGAUCAUGAUCUUUCCGAAUAAAAGUUCCUGCUCAGCGUGCAUAUCCUGUUUAAGUUCACUGACACACUGAAUUAAAUUGACACACUAAUUUGAAGCACAGUGAAAUAUUUGUAAAGAGAUAUAAAGGAUUUAUUGAAACAAAACAAUAAAAUACAAUACAAAAAGUCCAAAAGACCAUCUAAAAAAAUAACAUAAAAUAUUAUAUUUAUUUAUGCUUUCAGUAAGUCAUAUGCAAGGCAGAUGAAUUGAUAGUUCCUUGACACAACAUGGAAUUGAAUUUGUUGGAAACCUAACACCUGCAUCUCAUUAAUUUUCAUGAAACUAUAAUUAAAAAAUUCAACACAUUUGUUGUCUGCUUUUUCUAAAUUGCGAUUAAGUCUGGACUUUGAUAGAUGAAGGAAUAGCCAUGAAGAGCAUAUGCUACAGUAUGUACCACUAAAACCAAAUUAUAUUUUUGUUUAUUGAAACCCAAUUUAGUUUAUUUACAUUUCAUGUCUAUAAAAAAAACUACUUGAGUACUUGAAUUGGUAAAAAAAAAAAUUUCACUAUAUUCUCUGAAUAACAUAAGGAACCAUCAUUGAUUUUAAAAGGUUUUCUUACAAAUUAAGUAUAGUCCAGUGAUACGAAAUCGUCAAUUAGACAAAAAAUGUUCGAAUGAUAAAAACAGAGAUUAAAAGCAUCGUAUUCCUUGCCCGCUUCUUAAUAAAUUUUGUUUUCAACAAGGCGGUCAUUGCAUUUGGUUUUUAACAAAGCGGCCAGAAUCGUUCUUAAUAGAAUUUCAAGCCUUCGUAUAGUCUGGUAAAUUCGUACUAACCCGCGGCCAACUAAUGCCUUCUUAGGGUUGUCAUAAAAGUUUGAGUAACCGGACUGUGAUACAAAGAAGGCGGCCCUAAAAAGUUCUUUUUCCAUCAUUUUCAUUCUUUCAUGUCUGUUACGAGACAGAGAGGUCAGUACUCUGGAAACUUUUUUAAGGGGGCGGUGUGUGUUGAGAUCAUAGAAAGAUGCCGAAACUAACAAUAACAACACCUUUUGUCUGUAACUCUUACGCAGGACCAAUAUCAAAGCCCAGUUUUUUAUUACACCAAGACUAUCAUCUUUCUUCGAAGGGUCAAAAAGAAAUUUUUGCCGAAGGUGUAGGGCCAUCUACCUUUUAAUGAGCCUUUUUAAAUUAAUUAUGGUAGGAGGUGGUAAUGGGAAUAAAUUGCGCAUGAAAGGUCUGUGUCUUAUGGAAACUGUGCAGGUCACGAGGAAAAAGCGACAUGCACAUAAAGAUAAUGGGCUUUCAGAUUCUCUGCCAUUUAUAGACCUUUUAAUUCAUUUUCAAGUAUCGUUCAGAGCGCGAGAAAAGGAAAGAGCCGAAGGAUAUUUAAAGAACAAGAACUCUUUUGAAACUCCUAUGGACAGAAGGCCACAGCAGCCUCUGUUAGGCUGUCACCGAGCGCUUAAGAGAGAAAGUGAAAAAAGGAGAGGACUUGGUUAGGAGGGUGACUCCUUCAUUUCCUUUCAAUUGAGUCUUUUUUUUCACCCAUUAUCCCCCCCUCCCUUCCACCGCUCCGUUCAUAUUUGUUGUAUCGGAAGGCUGAUGUUUGAAAGUUGCAUGGUCUCAAGAAUCAACUGAAAAUAAUGAGACUGAGAAGAAUUGGAGCCGAGCAUUUUUUUUUCUUAACUCUCACCUACAUUUAGUUGACACAAUUACUGCAACAAUUGAUUGUCUAUCCCAGCUACUGUGCACGUACCCCUCAACUUACCCAACAUGGACCCUAACUUGUUAUCGGUAGACUGUUUUUGAGUUACGGGAGGGGCAGGGGCGCAAUUCCUCUGACAUUGAUCCUAGUACACGGUCCGCACCAAAUGCGAUACGUAAACGAAUCAAAAUAAGUUACAACCUUUAGGAAACUAGUUUCCGUUCUCAUAAGAAAGGAGAUUUUACCUUUUCGGUCUCUCGUAACACCACAUGAAAACCAGAUGUCUGUUUAUUGUUACUCUCUCACGCAUCCUUAGAAACAUUGAAAUCUACUUGAAGCUUUCAAAUACCACUCUAGAGAACACGAGAUCUCUUUGAAGAGAUCUGAUUCGCUGAUUUAAAUCUAAAUCUAAUGCAAGGUUAGUUUCUGGGAAUCUCAAGCAAAACUGGGCUGUGUUUUUCUCUGCUAUUCGUGAUGGAGUUGCUUUUAAAAAAACCUUAAAGAGGAUGUAACAUGUUCAAUUUGUUUAGAUACUCACACCAAAUCGAAGACCAUUUCUUGUCUUCAUACGUUCUGCAGUGAAUACCAAGAGAGACAUCCAUUAACGAGCCAAAAACAAGGGUUCGAGGAUUUUACCGAUGCUCCAAGCGUCAGGCACAAGCUCGCAUCCCUGAAGGAAAGCGUUUUGAUGAUCUGCCAGGCAGUUUUCUACACAACAGUUUUUUGAGUCUUCUCCCCGUUCGACGCAGCGGCGAAGGAAAUAAGAUCAGUUGUAGUACAUGCCAGAAGAAGAGCGCGGAGAUCAACUACUGCUUUGAUUGCGAGAAGUUUAUGCCCUGGGACUGUGCGAAAGCUUUGUUUCAGGGACACAAAGUGACACAGGUGCGACAGUUUCAAGCCACAGACUACGAGACCUUAUUGAACGACAGUCAUUUUGCUCCCUUAAGUACCAUGUGAAAGAAGUAAAAAAGUUUUUCUGCGUGGGCUGUCAAAGCUGAGUGUGUCAAUUUUGCAUCGCCUCUGAUCACAAGAGCCACGAUGUUGUUUCGCUUGAAAAGGCAGUGGACGAUGAAAAACAAACAUCAUUGCCACAACGAAGCUGAUCAAAGAGAAGAAGGAGGUCUGCCCGAGAAGUUAUUCGUGACUUUGAGAGGACGUAACAUGAGCUGGAAACGAAGAUUACCACAGCUAAACGCCAGGUUUCCCAAGCAGCCGAGCAGAUGAUGGAAAAGCUUCGUCAACUGGAACGUGAAGCCAUUACUGCCUUCGAGAAGACUCGGGUGUCAAGGAUAGAGAAAUUACAUUCUGGAAAAGCAUCGGUUGUCUCUUUCAAAAAGCAACUUGACCAGGCAUUUGAGUUUAGUAACAACCUGGAUGAAAGAGGCUCAAGUUCAGAUAUAAUGCAAAACAAGAAAAAUGUAAAAGAACGAAUCGCACACCAAGACCACAAUGCCAGCUCUUCCGGUAAGCUCGUCUGUAGAAUUUGUGUCGACAUGUGAACCAGAGAGUUUGUGUCUGGGAUUUACGAAAUUCAGGGAAACAGAUGUGCCAUGAUCGACCGUGGAAGGACUGGAUCAGAAUUUCCAAACUGAAGUAGAAGCGGAGUUACUAUUUUGUCCCAAAACAAGCGAAGGGGAGAUCAGAAACACUCAGCACACAGAUCGUGUGGAAAUACACAUGGACUGCUGAUCAGGUGAGGAGUUUGAAGAGGAGUGAUAAACAAGAUGGACUUUUCCUAGGAAAAUUUUUAGCGAAAGUACCAGGUACUUAUAAAAUGGAAGUAAAGAUAAAUGGACAGAAACUUGCCAAGAGUCCGUUUUCAUUUCUAUAAAAAGUGCGAGAAUUAAAUAUUAUAGGCGAGUUGGACUUUCCGUGAGAAAUACGUCCGUGUCCAGCAGGCAUUGCAGUGAACAAUAAAGUGUUAUUGCUGUAGCUGAUUUGGAUGGUCACUGUAUCCAGGUAUUUGAUGAAACAGGAAAGUUUGUGCGAAAACUUGGUAGUCCUGGACACAUGGAUGGACAGUUUGACGAACCAGUCGACGUCACAUUCUUCAAUGAUGACGAGAUUUUGGUGGCAGAUGAAUGUAAUCACUGAAUACAGCAGUUGAACGUACAGACAGGGAACUUUGUGAAAAGCUUUGGUAAACAGGGAAGUGGAGAUGGAGAGUUUAAGAUACCCACAAGUAUUUGUAUUUCAAGUGAUGAACGUUUUAUCGUUGUAGUGGAGUAUGAGAACAGCAGAAUUCAGGUUUUUACAACGGAUGGUGAACCUGUGUUUAAGUUUGGAGACAGCGGCCCAGAAAGGCUGGAUCAUCCGCUCGUUUGCAUCUGUUGCGUGGACAUAUUCAUUGUAACUGACCUCGAUAAUAAUUGUGGAAAGUGUUUGAUGAGAGAGGAAAGUUUUUGUAUAAGUUUGGAAGAAAAGGAAACGGUGAUGGACUAUUGAAUCGGCCGUAUGGCUUAUGUGUUGACAAACAUGACAACGUUUCUUAUGUGAGGGUGAUCGCAUUCAACAGUUUACAUUGGAAGGAACUUUCACUGGAAAGAUAAGUACUAUUAUUCAAUUUGAAUGGCCCUGGAGUGUUACCACAAUGCUCGAUGAUCAGAUUUUGGUCACAGACUUAAAGGGAAAGAAGUUUACUUUCUGAACUGAAUGCCCGUUUUCGAAAGUAACAUUCAAUUCUUCGUAAACAAACCUCUUCCGAAUAUCUUUAAGUUUUAUUGUUUUAUUAAUUUACAGAAACUUGUGCCAUGACAUGUGUUGCAAGAGAAUGCGAAAGAAAAUGGCUAGAAUCAGCAAUUUGCCUUCUAAUUUUGUCAGGAGAGUUCAAAAAGUUGUUGAUUCAUCACUUCGGUAAUGUGAUUGUUUAUGUUGUAAAUUAAUAAUGGUAAUAGUACCAAGUAGAGUUUAACACGGUCUGAAAUCAUACGAGUGAUUGACAAAGUUGGACGACAGCGUAAAGCGAGAAUCCGAUUUGUCCAUAACGGGUUUGAGAAAGCAAUUAGACAUCGGUUGUAAGUUUUCAUCAAAAUACGAACCGUCAAAUCGUCGAAAUUCACAACAACAGCGAGUGCUCAUGACACGCACUGUCCACUUACACAGACACGACGUGUCAACUGUUCUGUUCAACUGUCCAAUUAAAAGCAUGAUGCAUACACUAUCCUAUUGGUGCUCAAAUCAAUCACGUUCACUAAUCUUGUUAUAGUUUUGAUUAACCACAAAAUCGAUUUCAGACGAGAUUAAGCUUUUUAACCGUGUAAAGACCUGGGAGUGUUGUGAGGGCAAAAAAAAUACAUUUCUGCAAAAUAACUGUACAUUGGCACUGAUUAGUGUAAAUUGUUAUGCGUGGAUGAUUUCUAAUUAUCAGAUUUACACUUGUUCAGUAUGUAUAAAUAGAAUUUUCCCUGAGAAUAUUUUGGAGGACUUUUAGUUAAAUUUGAUGAUAGUAGUUCGCUCGUCAGAUGGAGCAUGCUUUUAAAUUAGCAGUUAUGGACUGUACCUUGCAUGAUUAUGCUGUAAACAAUUUGACAAUUCCGUAGUACUUAGUUGCUUUUGGAGGAUGACAUUUGAAAUGUGAUUAUAAACCGUCUAAAGGCUGAGGAAUGUUUUGAAUGCAUCAAGUUGGCAUUUCUAUUUAGGUAUUUUAUGCAUGGUGAAGUUUUCAUGAAAAAGUUCCUUUAAGUAUUAUGAAAAUGUAGAUUGAUUGAAUGAAUAACUGAUAUUAUAGGAUAUUUUCCAUUGUACUCAUAAACUGUUCCACAAUGCUUAUCUUUUAGGUUUGUAUAUAGCAUUGACCAUUGUUUAAACGAAAUUUUACUGAAUGCAUUGUGAAUAAAUUUGCUCGUUUGAUUUGCAAACGUGAGGAUUACUUUUUGACUCUGCCAGAUUACAUCAGUUGAUAGCUAGGACGUAAAGUUCACAAGAAGUAUUUAAAAAAUGACUUCAAAUUCGUUCUUCUUAGAGUAUUUAUAGAAAUUUUAUUUGCGGUUUCCUCUUUUAUUCUCUUGAACUUCAUUUUCCAAUAUCUUCUCUCACUGCAAUAUUUCCCAAAAAUUUGUCAAAACUGCACCGGGCCUAUUUUUUUGAGGACUUUGUUUACUGAUAGAUGGCUUCAUCGUCAUGACGCAAUCCGUGAAAAUGAGGGUUGUUCGGGGAAUCCCCGAAUCAUUGUUAUGCAACAUUUUUCCUAGAAACUCCAUAUGUCACCUUGCAAGGUUUCUCGGAAAUGAAUCAUUUGACAGGUCCAGAUUUUCAGCGAAUUAAAAGUCUCUUUAGCUCAAGAUUUUUAGACUUUUUUAGCAAGUGAACUUCUGGAGUAUUCGGGUAGUUCCGUCCUUUUCGCAUCAUUUGAUCAGGAUCGAUGAGGCGUUAUCUCAUUAGUCAGCACAGACUGAUUGCAUACAUAUCUUCCCGUAGUAGGUAAUUUCUGUUUUUGCACCAACCGAUGCUGCAAUAGCUUCAUGUGAUCUUAUUUCAGAAGCUCAUGUGCUCAGACUGAUUGCAUACGUAUAUUGGUCACUGUAGCUUCUUCUAUCGGCGCUUCUGGCUUUUUCUUCGUAUUUGUUCACAUCCGCUUUUCUCGGAAAAGAUUACUUCAUUGUAUUUCUUGCUCUUUCUAGGAAACGUUCUUGAAUUAGACGUAAAGUUCAUUUCUAUGCAAUUAUUAUAGCAUUAACUUUGUUAUUGGACCUUCUUGAAGAAACACUUGUCUUAGAGAUGGCCUCAUGCUUAGUCUACAUUGGCAGACUCCUUUUCUUCGCCUUGGUAGGCCUCCAGGCUUACUCGCUGGCUUCGUAUCCUGCAGAAUACAAACACAAAGAUAGUUUCUAUGGAUUGGUUGUCCUGUACAUACCUGCAGUUGGUUUAUGGCUUUACAUCAUGUGCGACGACAAGAAAUUACAGUGGUUAUUUGCUGUCUGGACGUGCUAUAUCGUUGGGUUCGUAAUCUUCGUCGUGAUCAUAUUUGGAGGCGACGAACCGAUUGAAGAUAAUCUCGACAAAGCGAACUUCUUCGGUCCAAACAUUCUAAAGACGACACUUUGCCUUGCCCCAUUGAUUCUGUUGUUACUUUUAAGUACAGGAACGAAUUCCAUCGUCUACCGAGACCUGAUCUGGCAGUUGUCUCUCCGAAUGGCGUUGGAUCUUUUCGAUGGAGUGGAAAUGCUGGAUGUCAUUAUUGAAGAGAAUGAAUUCAGCCAUGGUGUUCCCAAAAGCUUUGAAAAAGCAAUGGUUGCAUUCGUCUGUAUCAGCUUUCUGCUGUCUCCAUUACAACUGGUCGAGAUAAAGAUAAGAGGUUCCGGACGGUGGAAAAUUCGCAAAUGGACAGCUGGUUUGCGCACAACCUUACAAAUAAUCUGUGUUAAUUGCGUUUUUUUGUGGUUCCGCAUGUACCUAUGGCGGGGCUACGAGAAAGAUGCAUCAAUUUUUAUUGCUAAAAAUGCUAUUGUCAUUUGCCUUGGUCUCUUUGAGAUAUGUUCA